UGUCAUCCCCGCUGACCCCAUCUCCCCCAUAACCCCAGGUCCCCGAGAACCCAUCUCCCCCGUCCCUGGCUGCUCCACCGCCCCGUACUUUGCUACCCCGGGCAUUCAGCUCUCUGUCAUCCCGGGAAUUCAUCCCCGCUGAGCCCCUCUCCUCCGUGACCCCGCACCGCAGCUCCCCGGGGACUCAGCUCUGCUGACCCCGGCUUCUCAUCACUCGCUAUUCCGCCUCCCGGGAAAUUCCGCUCUGCUGAUCCUGGCUCCUCAGGAAUUCGGUACUGUGCGAGCUUGGCUCUGCUGAUCCCGCAUCCUCCAUAACCCCAUAGCCCAGCUCGCCGCGAACUCGGCUCCGCUGACCGCGGCUCCUCCCCGGGAGCUCAUCUCCCCUGUUCCCACCUCCUCCUAACGCAGCCCCCCGCUCCCCAGGAGCCCAGCUCCGCUCAUCGCGGCUCUUCCACCGCCCGCUGUCCCAGCCCCGCGGGCGCCCAGCGCUCCAGCUGCCCAGGAGCACAUCCCGGUGACCCCAGCUGCUCCCUAGCCAGGCACCCCGGCUCUCCAGGAUCUCCAUCCACGGCCCCCCGGCGAUCCCCCAUCCCGGCACCCCAGCACCGACCAUUUCCCGGCUCCCCGGCGCUCCAGCUCACCCUUAGCCCCGUUCCUCGGGGGCUCCCCCUCUUCCACACCCCCAUCCUCCCCGGGCCCCCCGGUGACCCCGGCUGUCCCAGCUGCAGAGCCGCGCUGCCCCCCGGCCCCCCGGCCCCCCGAAGGCGCGGCCAUGGCGUUCAUGGUGAAGAGCAUGGUGGGGGGGCAGCUGAAGAACCUCACGGGCGGCCUGGGCGGCGAGGAGAAGAGCGAGGGCGAGAAGUCUCCGGCCGAGGCGCAGGGCAUGACCCGCGAGGAGUAUGAGGAGUACCAGCGGCAGCUGGUGGAGGAGAAGAUGGAGAGAGAUGCCCAGUUUGCCCAGCGCAAGGCGGAGAGAGCCACGGUCAGGUCCCACUUCCGAGACAAGUACAGGCUCCCCAAGAACGAAACGGAUGACAACCAGAUCCAGCUGGUGGGAGGUGACGUGGAGCUGCCCAAGGAGCUGGCCAAGAUGAUCGAGCAGGACAACGAGGAGGAGGAGGAGAAGAACUCGGUGAUCGGCCAGCUCAGCAACAUCCAGAACCUGGACCUUGAUUCCUUGAAGGACAAAGCUUCGGCCACGCUAGAGGACCUGAAGCAAUCGGCGGAGAAGUGCUCCGUGAUGUGAUGGGGCUGAGCGGGGAGGGGACGCAGCGCAGGGUCUGGCGGGGGCUGCUGCCUGCAGCGGGGACCCCCAGCGACGUUGUCACCCUUGCCGUGUGUCACUCGGGUCCCCCUGAGCCGUGUGACCCCUCGAGUCCCUGACCCAGGUGUCCCUGAUGUGUGGCUUUCGUUUCGUUCUCCGGGCUGAGGUUAGAGCCAAGAGCCAGCAUGUCCCCCCCGUACCCCAAGGCCUCCUCCCGUGCCCGGGCAGGGGGUGUCCGCAGCCAGAGCCGGGGAGGUUGCAGGGAAGGAGAGUGACCUUGGAGCGUGAUUGACCUUGGGGUGUGAUUGACCUUGGAGUGUGAUUGACCUUGGGGUGUGAUUGACCUUGGAGUGUGGUUGACCUUGGGGUGUGAUUGGCCUCGGAGUGGCAGCCGCACGCCGCGGCUCUGCCUCCGCGCUUCCACUCAGCCUCCUAGAAAUGACCGGGGAGGCUCCGAUUUGCCUCGCAAGGACGAGGCAGGGUGUGGAACACCCCCCUCCCCGCGUCCCGUCCCCAUCGCCCGAGAAACACCAUCCCAUCCCUGCAAGGAACACCAACCCCUGCGCCCUUGAGGGCCCCUCGGAAGGAGCCAGCCGGGAAGGACCUGCUAUUCGAUCCCUGUGGGAAGGGGGGUGCUGAAGCCCGAAUUGACACCAGAGAGGAACAAAAGCCCUCCCCGUUGCUGAGCUGAGCCCGCGGCAGCCCUUCCCCGGAGCAGUGGCGUCCCUCUCCUGGGAUGGCAUCCUGUCCUUGUUCCUUCCAGGAGAAGAACAAAGCCGUGAGGGAAUAUCUCCCCGUCUCCCGCUCGUCGUGCUGUAGUCGUGCCGUGCUCGGUUGAGUGUCCCUCACCUCCUGUGCUGUCCCCGUGCCAUGGUACUGUUAAUAACCGGUGGAAUAAAUACCAGGAGAUGUCUAUGCA